AGCAAAACCGGGUCGAUUUGACAGAACAGUUCAGAGCGACACAGAUAGAGCGAGUAACAGGCGCACUGGCGUAUGAUACCCUUUUACUGAAUGAACCACAUUUGCCUGACGUCUUUGCGCAGAGUUUCACAUCUUUUCUCAGCAUCUAGCAGAUGCGCUCGUAUUUUAUGCGGUUUUAGUACGGUCAUUACGUGGCAGUUAUGACUUUAUCGUAAAGAAGAACCGAUCUGUAAGAAAAACUGAAGUGCAUCUCUCGGGGUGUCGCAUUGGAGAUUCUGUCAUAAACCUGCAUGACUUUACUGGGGCUCAACAUGACGACAGCAGUAGAUACAAACAACACAGGUGGGGUAAUAUCGUACAUCGGCUCGUGUGGAGUCUCUCCCAACCGCACCAGCCCUGUGUUCAUGUACAGUGAGAAUUCCAACAGCAGCCUACAGUCCCUUACACAACCCUGCUUUGGCUCUUCGUUCCCACCAUCCCCCAAUGGAUCCCAUGAUUUCUCACGUAUGUACACCAGCAGCAGUAGCAACAGCAGCAGCAGCUCGAGUUCAGGAUCAGGAGAGGACGGAAACUCAUCAUGCUCUGGUGGAUCCCCAAGAGGCCGCGAAGAUGGUGGAAGUGCACGCAAUUCACCCAACAAAUCAGUUGCCACCCUUACUAAGCUGAAUGGAAUGGUGUUGCUGUGCAAAGUGUGUGGCGACGUGGCAUCCGGUUUUCACUAUGGUGUCCAUGCCUGUGAGGGAUGCAAGGGUUUCUUUCGACGCAGCAUCCAGCAGAAUAUCCAGUACAAAAAGUGCCUGAAGAAUGAAACCUGUACCAUUAUGAGGAUCAACCGGAACCGGUGCCAGCAGUGCCGUUUCAAAAAGUGUCUGUCUGUGGGAAUGUCCCGUGACGCUGUUCGUUUCGGCCGUAUUCCAAAACGCGAGAAACAGCGUAUGCUGGCCGAGAUGCAGAACGCCAUGAACAACAUGGUGAACAACCAGCUUCAGAAUGAAUUCCAGCUGGCGAGCAUCACAUCCAACACCCCCUGCUCUUCCUCUUCCUCAUCUCCGUGCCCGGGGCUUACAGUGGGACCGCAAGCCCAGCCCCCCGCAGUGCCCGUAGCACCGUCCCCUUCCCCUCCGACCCCAACCUCCCCAUCGGUGCAGCCGGCUCAGAGUCCCCCAUCUCUGACUUCUUCUCCACCACCGUGCUCCAGUCCAGGUGUAGACAAAACCAUUGCUGCCAUAACCAGAGCACACCGUGAGACCUUCGUCUACGCCCAUGAUAAGUUAGGUCCAGCACUGGUGCCCCAAAACGAUGAGCUGGACAACCAAAGCAGCAAUCGCUGCAUGGCUGGAUACCACCUCAAUGGCCACAACACCAUCUACCACCAUGAUAAUAAUGUCGCUCAUCACUGUAACAACUUCGAGGUGCCACCAGACAGUGGCCUCCAUUUUCAAGCCUCCCAAGCACCUGGGCAACAUCAGCAGCACAAUAACAACAGCCAGCGACCUCCAAACAGUAACCUCUUUAGCGUCCACCACAGUCAGGAGAUGAACAGCAGCUCCCAGGGGCAGAACUGUCCAUGGAAAAAACGCAAGGAGAUUCUGCUGGCUUGCCCAAUGAACAUGCAUCCUUACUCAGACCCCAACAAAACGCCACAGGAAAUCUGGGAAGACUUCUCUCUCAGCUUCACCCCAGCGGUGCGAGAGGUGGUGGAGUUCGCCAAACACAUCCCAGGGUUUAGCACGCUACCCCAGAACGACCAGGUCACUUUGCUGAAGGCCGGAACGUUUGAGGUCCUCAUGGUGCGCUUCUCCUCUCUGUUCAACGUAAAAGAGAGGACCGUAACGUUCAUCUCAGGCACCACUUACAGCCUGGAGGCCCUGAAAAGCAUGGGCAUGGGCAAUCUGCUGGGAACCAUGUUCGACUUCAGUGAAAAACUCAAUGCAUUAGAGCUCUCUGCAGAAGAACUGGGACUCUUCACUGCAGUCGUGCUGGUGUCUGCAGACCGUUUUGGCAUUGAAAACAUGAAUUCAGUGGAGAUGCUUCAGGAAAGUUUAAUCCGGGCUCUCCGAACCCUCGUCAGCAAGAACGCCCCUAAUGACGCCUCCCGAUUCACCAAGCUGCUGCUCAAACUUCCUGACCUGCGCACGCUGAAUAACAUGCACUCAGAGAAGCUGCUCUCUUUCCGCAUUGACGCCUGAGGUUGCAAGAAGCUGGUGAAAGUGGGUCACUGAAAGACAGAACGGGCACAAACAUUAGAACUCUUUUCCAAGAGAACCCACCAGAAAGCAAACGCAUGCCUUUGGCACUUAAAAGCACUUGAUGACACAUUUAAAGGGACGCUUUGGUGUCUAAUGGUCGGUCAGUAGCCUUUAUGGCUUGAUAACCAUAUAGGGCAGAUUAAAGGGUCCUUGAGCCAAUUUCAGUAUUUACCUGAAAUGGGUGGUAAGAUUAAGCUAAUAAUAAAGCAGACAAAAACACUCACAUUUGGACUGCAUCUACACGGGGAACAAGUGCAAAAUGCCUCUUGCAAGGAGUCACAGCCAGGCCAGAAGGAUCUCCAGGCCACUUCCAGAGAGGGGACGACAGCACAAAACCGGCAAGCGUCUCCUCAUACCCAGUCCGGCCUGGGUUCCUGCUAUACCCACACUCAGAAAAUUAAGAUCAUUGUAACUAUAAUGCAAGCUAUGCGUGGUAUGAACAGUCACACACAUUCACAUCCCUGUGACUUUGUAAAAUAUGUGUAAAUAUGAUAUACAUACUUUAAAUGUUUUAAAAUGUAUAAUAUAUAUUUUUUUUUGUAAUGUUCACAUGCUCAACACAGAUGAUAAAUCUAUUCAAGCACAGAUAUAUAAGUAGAGUGUAUGCAUAUUAUAGAAUAUCAAGACAUGUAUUUCAGUUGUUUUCUUCAUAAAGGCAUUUUAUGAAACAAGAAUGUAAUGUUUUAUCUUUUUCAAGUAGAUAUCUGGAAUAAAUAUCUCUAUGUAAUGUUUUUAACUUGCAUCUUGAAUAAAUGUUGGUUUAUCUGUG